UCUCGGAACAGGGUGUUUCACAAGACUUCUGUGCAAGCUAUAAAUGUAGGCAAGCGAGCCACCUCUCGCAGACAGCAGCACCGGGCUGGAGGAAGUGCCGUCAGCUCUCCCCAUCCGAGACGCUGUCAUCAAGGCUGUCAUCCAGCUCCUACAGCAAGAAAUCCGAACUACAGAAGGCCUACUGAGAUGGGAAAAAUCAUCGUUUAUGAGCACGCCAACUUCCAAGGUUACUCCAGAGAAUUCACCAAUGACAUUGCCAAUCUAAAAGCUGUAGAUUGGAAUGAUUGUAUCUCCUCAGUGAAAGUAAUUGGCCAGCCUUGGGUGGCUUAUGAGCACCACAACUAUACAGGCCGGUUAAUGGUAUUUGAGGAGGGAGAACAUGGCUUUGUUGGUCGACAGAUGAAUGAUACGAUCACUUCUCUGCAGAUGAUCACUGAGGAUCUGCGCAAUCCCCAGAUCACGCUCUAUGAACAUGCCCAAUACCAAGGGAAGAGCAGGGUGGUAAGAGAAGCAACCAACCUGGCUCGGGGGUACGACAAUGACAUCGUAUCCUCUCACAAGGUCCAGAAAGGUGCCUGGCUGUUGUGCGAACACAGCGACGGAAGCGGUAUUCGUUACAUUGCGCGAGAACGUGAACACCUUCCACAUUAUGGUGCAAUCAAUUUAAAUGACAAGCUUUCAUUUCUGCGUCCCCUUCUCCCUGGCAGCUGCUGUGGCUAUUAGCAACUCCUGCAACGCUGAGGAAAGAUGCAGCUCCAGCAAGGAACUUGAGACCUAGAUUUCUGUCUAUGCUCGUAUUGCUUUUUUCCCCUGUGGCACAGAAACGCUGAAUGGGAGAGCUCUCUUUCAUGCUGCACUGCAGAUCUGUAUUUCUCGAUCCUGCCUUGCACUGUUCUCCCUCCCCAUAAUCCCCACAAAUGCAAUAACUAUCGUAUUUGGUCAAAUGAAAGCGUCUCAAAGAUAAGAGACAUGCAAGGGGUGUGUAACCUAUUGCACCUGCAGUUCGCAUUCCGACGUCCUGUACUACGUAACGUAAAAGCAUUGCAUGUUGCUUCUGUUGCUAGAUGCGUUAACAAAAUGUGAGUAUAUAACCAGCAUCACUUAUUUUGUAAUUUGUUUUACAAUGGUCUUGCUCUACCAUGGCCUCUGCCAUUUUUUGUGUUCUGUGUUGCCAUUAAAGAAGAUAUUGAAAG